ACGAAGUCUGCUUUCUUAAGGAAUGCUUAACGGCGUAAAGGAAAUUCAUAAAACAUCUCGGCCAUAUACAGCAGGAUAACUAUUAUCUUUAAUUUAUCUUGUAAGAGUAAUUAGUGGAACACUGCCUCUACUUCAAUAUUGAAACAUUCCUAAGUAUCGUUAUCGACAUCGGUUACGGACGAAGUCAGGAACUGCGCUACUGUUAUAAUAGCGAUAAGGGGGAGCAAGGAAUAUGAGAUGAAAUGAGAUCGCCACUCAGCGAGCUCUCAGUACAGCAAUCUGAGAUCCUUGUAAUGCUAUAAUGGAAACAUAGGAGCGGCCAUAUCAAUUUAUGGACAGAUAGAAGUCAAAUGGACAACGCUAAAAUGAUGGAUCUAAGGUAUCGUGUCAAUAAUGCGCCUCAUCAGAGGGAAUAUUAAAAUCGGGUUGUCAAUAGUUUUGGUUGAAUUAGCAAUUGACAUUACACUAUGUACGUCUUACAUGAUAAAUGACACUCGCUGGAAUUUAUUGAAAAUACACUGUAUACCAUGGAUAACAAUGGCUUAAUGACGACAGGAAGUAAUUAACAGAAUGACAUCAUUAAAAAUAACUGUCACGGACUGAAUAAUGUACGUCAUUCGAGGGGGGUCAGUCCAUCAACAGGCUAGUCAACUCGAGCGAGGGAGUCUCUCAUGUCCCACAAUCCUUUGCUGCUGUUUUACCGGACUUGUACUUAUAGUCGCGGGAGGGCUAGUGCUGGGGAUCAGUGAAAACAAAAGCAAUCCAGAAGAAAAACAUAUCUAUAUAAUAGGAGGAUCUAUAGUACUAGUUGUAGGAUUCAUCGUCACCAUGUUGACAAUUUUCAUCAGCAUACGUCAUCCUAACUUAGGCAGAGGAACUCCUAAGUAUCACGUGACUUCUAGAAGCGACUGUCGGGAAGCAAUCGCAGACGAUAGGCGUAAUACCAUGGACGCCGCAGAACGACAAGCUAAACUGAACGAGAUGAUCUCCUGAUGAUGUCAUCGUCGUGCUAGGAAAACGUGUACUUGAAUAGCCUAUUUACAAUGAGUCACAAAUACCCGAUCUCAAGGUCUUAAUGCAUUUUGCAUUUUUGGAUGAGACAUGAUAUGUAAACUAUGGCAUACCACAU